UUGUUUCCUCUUCUUCUGUUGUGAAUGUUUUUUGUUCCUGCCUUGUAGGGCUUUUCGAAUAAAAUCUUUUUUGGUGUCGGCAUAGUGCUUGGUUGUGGUUGCUUCUAUUGCAAAUAGGACAUAAUACUUUAGGCUUCAUACAUUUAUUCGCAUAGUGUCCUCUUUUUAAACAUCUAAAGCAUAAUUCUUUUUUCAUCGCUCGAUCGCGACGUUCAUUCGCUGUUCUGUAUUUUGUACAGUGUAUUGGGGGGUGUAGUUGUUCACAUAAUUCACAUGGAUACCUAAUUGGACUCUUUGAACUGUGUUCUGACGAGCUGCUGUUAGAGCGUGCCUUAUAUGGUGAUCCGUUUCUAAAUUUACUUCGUUCUUGUUUUGGACUUUGACUUUGGUCUUCAUUUCUUCUUUGUCCUUGAAAUGGUCGGGUUUCUGUCCGGAUGGUGUUUUGUCUUUGAUUCCACCUUCGAUCAGGUGACCUAUAAUUUGGACUUGUGUUUACCCUUCCUAAAAAAUUCAUUGUCGGUUCUUGUGUGCGGGUAUUGGGUUUUGACCUUCUUGCUAUAUUUCGUGCUUCGUGUCUUCCUUUUAUUUGAUUAAUUGCUCUUCCAAAAGCUUUUCGAAAUUUAUCUGUGUUCCAAUUAUUAUCGUCUUCAGCAUCCUUUAUUGUAAAAUAUUUAUCGAGUACCUCUGCAGAUAAUUUGCCUUCAAUCAUCAUAUAAUAUGGUGCUUGACCAAUAUUCUGAUUUAGGGCUGUUAACUGUCUGCAAAUUUUUUCGAUUCUUAAAUACAAUUUUUCAUCAUCUUCAUAAUCAUUACUAUUUGGAAGGUUCAUUAAUUCUUUAUUUAAGUCUCUAAUUUGCUUUUGAUCAUCUCCAUAAUUUUUUACUAACAGCUCGAUCGCCGUUUCGUAACCCGUUUCAUCCAUUUUUAGUCCUUCAAUUAGUGUUUU